GAGCGAAGCCUAGCAACCUCCGUUAGUCCUGUCCGGGCGUCGAGGAAGCUUGAAACUCGACCGUGUCCAUGCCACUCCAGCCCACCGAGCAUCUCUGUACAUUCUGCUCCUUGUUGUCGACCAUCAUCCUGCGUAUCUGACCCAACUUCGCGCGACAUACCACGAGAAAACACGACGAAACGCGUCCAUACCGACAUGCCGAGUUCUUCGCGUCAUACUAGUACGCGCACCGUCAGCCCGCCGCUGACAACUGUGAGCUACUCGAACGCGACCACAGUCGCGCAGCAGAAGUUGAAUGUCGUCACGCGUCUGGCUAUUGAAGGGAAGUCGAAGAAGGGCUGGGAUGGUGCGUCAAUCAAAAUGUACUUGAAGAUUUCCUUACCCCUUGACAGCGUUACCCCGGGAGCGUCAGUCCCUCUGUUCCCAGAGGAGAACCUGAAGGUCCUGGACACACAAGUCCAUCCUCUGGACAACAACUCGGUGCCUUACAACUUCUCCUCAGCCGACUCUCCUCUGUUGCACAAGGCUGCCCGUGCACUUAAUUUGGCAGCUCGAUUGCCGACGCCCUAUGUCUCAUAUUCGGGCAACCUGUCAUCCUCGUCUACGACCAUCCUUCCUCUAGACGCCAAAUAUACGGGGAGUAUCCUUGUCAGCGGAUAUCACAUCUCGUAUAUCGUACCGAGAGAAUUCCCCAGACGAGAGCAAGAGAGCCGUACCAGACGCGGCUCGAAUGUCAUGCACUUCAUGGCAGCUAUUGACCUUUGGGUGCCUUUCUUAUCGAAGCCACCACUAGCACCCUAUCUGCUUGCCAUUCCCGUUCCUCGUUGCUUGUCCAACCAAGUCAGGCUGCACAUCUUUCCUCCCAAUCAAUCGACGGCGUCCUCCUAUGCCUCCUUGUCAUCUGCAGACGAGGACGGUGGUGCAUGGGAGCUUACUGCCGACCCGCAUGUAACCCGCAGCCAGUCAGCGCGUCUGUCCCGAUCCCACUCAUACAACAACUUUGCUGACGACGAAUCAAGCGACGCGUCGACGACGGCAGGGUUCCCCGAAGGAUGCGGUAUCCAGGGUUCAUUUCCGAGUACUGACCGUAUUCGCGUUCGAUGGGCGACACCACCGAAACCUGGCCAGGUACCCGAGACUGCGGACGGCCGUCGCAGAGCUGGGGUCCGGGACGUCAAAGGCGAUAUGCUGUGCACUGUACUCAGGAAGCACAAGGGAAAGGGCAGAGAAGGAGGCUCCGACGGCUUAGUCGUCAAGGUCGACUAUAGUGCGACUUGCAAGGGGGUCUGGUUCCCUGGAGUGGCGACGCUCCUUGGCAUGGACCUCGGUCUCGAGGCCGAUGACUGCGACGUCUCCUGGGCUCCAGAUGAGGAGCCUAGAUGGACUGUAACUGGCGGCGUUGGCUUCACUGGCUUUGCUGUCGGAGGUCCCCCGCAGCCACCAUCACGGCAACCUGUCUCUCGACAAUCUUCGGCCGAGUAUCCACCACCGAUUUAUGUUCUACCGUCAUCACCGAAUGGCAAGCUGGUCAACGGCAAUUCGCACAUUCCAAUCCGGUCGAGCUCUAACAGCUCCACGGCGUCGACGAACUCGAGUUCGCUACUGCGAGCGCCACUUCCCACGCACAACGUCGCCGAGUAUUCGUUCGAGAGCUCAUCAGUGUCGACACCUUCGGGCACUGUGUCCUCGCUGCCAUCUGUGUCUGCGCCCUCGAGCCCGGAGCGCGCCCGCAGACGGCGAUCCUCGUCCAGGCACGGAGCUCACAACGGUACGGACACAGAAAUCGACGAUACGCAGGAUGACAUGCGACCGCCCAGGGCACCGAUCACUGUUCAUCUGAACAUGAACGAACUGUCGCCGCCCCCGAAGAAUGCCUUCACUUUCAGCGUCUCCGGGACCAUCCUCAUCUGUCCCCGCCGAUCGUCGAUGACGCCAGAUUCGCGGCGAUCGUCCCCGGCUUCAUCUGAAGAUGAGCACAACGACGACCCGAUAUCCCUCCCGAUCUUCCGGAUCUUCUCCACCGAUCAGGAGACGACGUCUACGAUCGUUCGGAAUGAAGCACCCCAGGCUUCCGUCCAUGUCUUCACCCGGAACAGCAAGAACCGCGAGGCCAACGUCCGGAGAGCGGUGCUUAUGAAGGGGAACCAAGUCUCUUGUGGGAGCGAGGGCGCGCGCAUCGUUUUUGCCCGUAUAUCCGCUUCAGAACUCCGUGGACGCCGUCCUAGCGAUGAAGGCUCCGAUAUGUCCUACAAUCGUUCGGGCUUCUCGCUUGGGCUGAAGUCCAUGUCGUCUACGUCAAAGCUCAGAGACGUCUCAAUGAUGUCAACCGCCAAACUUCAGCCACAUAGAGACGGUCCGCUCAUGAUACCCUACGUGACUACCACGAUCACUUCCCUAUUGGGAGAAGGCCACGCGUUCAAAAAUGGCUACGCUGUUGAGCUCGCGUUACCAGCGCCGUCGGACGCGGACUCCGAAUGGCUCGAAUUUGGGUUAGCGCUCCCUGGUCCAGUUGCGGUUCCCAAAGCCGACGCUGGCCCCGGCGAUCGCCAGAGCGUAAGCUCACCCCCUCGCGUCGAGAUCGCGAGUGCUAGCGUGGAGGGUGUCCCGGUUCGAUGCCAAACGAGUGCCGCUGUCAAGCCGCAAGCCGGCUUGGUCGGGUUGGGUCUGCCGUUUGAGGAGUCAAGUGGCAAGGACUGGAUCAGCUGGGUCAGCGUUCACGUCGGUCAGAUUGGCGGUGGAAACGUGAAGAUCAUAUACCUUGUCAAAGGCAGCGAAGAAGCCGCGAUUGAUGACGACAAAGCAGAGAAGAAAGGGAAACAGCCACAGCAUUCUCUUCACCCUCUGGAGAUUCUACUUCCGAGUUUCGCCAUGCCCGUAGGUCUGCUGCAGGUCGAUAUACGGGUUCAAGAAGGCUUCAAGCUAUCGUCGUUUGACACAAAUCUCAUGCACCAGCAAACAUCCCCGCAAGGUCUACGUCUCCUGCAUUAUGCUCUGGGCGAGUUCCAUUAUCCUCACCUAUCAAUGCAUGUCGCCCGCAUUGCGUUACCGCAAGAAAAGGCUUCGGCGACAUCCAACACGUUGUGGCACUUUGCUAAGGCUGCUGGUGUACUCCUUGUCUUCGCCAUCAUAUUCUCCUUGGCGACCGACCUUCGACGUGCUACCUCCGAACUUCAAGCCCUGAGGCAGUCCGCCAUUCGCCUUUCUCCCGAUGGCCAUGUCUUGCCCGAGACUAUCACCGUAACGGCCACUGAUCCUGCAGACGACCCAAAGAAAUGGUGGUUCAACCAAGCCGCGACUCAUCCACCCGCUCAUACGUCAAUUGCUCUGGACGACUCCCCUGUUGAGCAAGUCUUUGUUUUGGCCAGUGGGUCACCUCCAGAGCCAUCGACGCACUUAUCUACGCCGACCAGUAUAACCCCAACUCUUCAACCUAAAUCCCUCCAAGCCGCAGAUACAUCCACGACAUACAGCGAAUCAUACUCACUCAUACCUGCACAGUACUUCACACUCUUCUGGUCUUGGCAGCGUCUUCUGCCGUCAAAGCUCAUAGACGCGCAGGUCUCCCAGUCCGCGAAGGAUGCGGCAAGCGCAGUCUUCAGCAGUAUGGGCACUGUCUGGCAACUAUUCCGAAAAAUCAUCCAUUACCCUUUGGACCCUCCAUGAUCUUAUGCGUUGCCCUACUGUUGUUGUGCAUUUGCUGUGUAGUCGUACUGCUCUGUAUCCAUCCAUUACUUAUUAUACUAACUGUAUGCGCUCCAUGCCUUUCAUUCAGUCAUGCGGGCAAUGCUCUAGGAUGAGAGGCC